GUUCUUCGGGAUCGGUUCAGUCGAUCGUUGGCGUUACUGACGGACACGCGUCCUUAGCGGUCCUUAUCAACCGAUUCGAGUGAAUCGUUGUGAGCAAUGCUCCCGGAAGGACUAUAGUGCCGAUCUUCUGUACAAUCAAUCUCCAGUCCAGUGGCCGCAUACCGGGCGCAUACGAACGCACCACGAACGCCAGAUUCGAAAGCAAUGGCCAAGGAGGAAGGAAUCAGUGCCAGAUCCACCCUGUGGUAUCUAGUGUUUGUGGGCUUUGCCGUGAACUACAUGAUCCGCAUCAACACCAACAUCACGAUCGUGGCGAUGAUCAAACAAUCGGACACGGAGUUUGUCGGUGAGGUGAAGGUGGACUACGCCUGCUACGUUCCAGCCGGAAAUGGCUCCACCAUGGCCGAGCUAACAACGACCCACCAAGAAUCCCGCAGCUUGCUACGAUCGCGUGAAGGUCGUAUCAUUUCACCGGAACAGUUGCUGCUUGCCUUCCUCAACCUGGACCCCCAGAAGGACGGUUUCGAGUGGAACGACUAUCAGCAGGGUUUGAUUCUGGGAGCGUUCUACUGGCUACACUGGAUCACACAAAUACCGGGCGGGAUUCUGGCCCGACGGUACGGGACGAAGCUGGUGUUCGGGGCGAGCAAUGUGAUCGGCUGCUGGAUGUGUGUCCUGAUGCCGAUCGCUUCCUAUUGGGACUAUCGGGUGUUGGUCGUGCUGCGUGUUCUUCAGGGGCUUAUAUGCGGACUUGCUUGGCCAGCGAUGCAUCACAUGGCCGGCCAGUGGAUACCACCGAACGAGCGCAGCAAGUUUGUAACGGCCUAUCUCGGCAGCUCGGUCGGUGUCGCCCUCAACUUCCCCCUCUUCGGGUACAUCAUCUCCUGGACGUCCUGGGAGUAUGUGUUUCACUUCUGCGGUAUCUUCGGUACGGUAUGGUACGUGGCGUGGCUAUACUUCGUGUACGACUCCCCAGCCGAACAUCCUCGCAUCCACCCGAACGAACGGAAGUACAUUGAAAGUUCGCUCGGCAUUACGGAACACUCGGCCGGGCGUCGGGAGCAUCAGGACGAGCAACGGACUCCCUGGAAGCAGAUCAUACUGUCCAAGGCCAUGUGGAUGACGGUCAUCGCACAGUGGGGUGGUAUUUGGGGGCUGUUUACGCUCAUGACGCAAGCCCCAACGUACUUCAACAACGUGCACGGUUGGAACAUCGAGAUGACGGGACUGUUGUCGGGCAUUCCACAUCUCUGCCGGAUGCUGUUUGCGUACGUAUUCUCCAUCGUGGGUGAUCAUCUGCUCAAGCACGAGCUAAUGUCCCGAACGGGUGUGCGCAAGAUGGGCGGAACGCUGUGCUGUGUGGUGAACGGGAUAUUCGUGUUUGUGCUCGCGUGCAGCGGCUGUAACUCGCUAAUGGCGACCAUCUUCCUGACGCUUGCCACGACCGUCCACGGGGCAGUUUCGACCGGACCGCUCGCAAACCUGGUCGACAUGAGCCCACGGUAUGCGGGCAUCCUGCUAGGGUUUAGCGGUAUGAUCACCGUGGUGCCGGGAUUUGUAUCUCCCAUCAUCGUUGGAAUGCUUGGAAACCACACCGUGGAACAGUGGAGGAUCAUUUUCCUCAUCACUUCCGGCACACUGAUCAUCUGCGGGCUGCUGUACAUGGCUUUUGCCGAUUCGACGCAACAGGCGUGGAAUUCUUGUGACGAUCUGUCCAGCACAUCGGGCAGCAUUCACGAGGAUGAACUGAAAGGACUUAAGACAUCUGACCUCGAGGCGUACAGGGACGAGUCUAAGGAAGAGAAGCUCGAGGUAGAUCCCAAAGUGGGCGAUACCGAUACCGUACGUUUAAGCUCAGUAUAGAGACAGUAUUAGUAGUAGUGAGCUGGACUUUCCUAUCCAUUCGGUGCCAAAGUGUGUAAUACAUGCAGGAAAAUCGAUCAGGA